CUUGAACGCAACUGUUUGUGACGUCACCGGAAGUGAUACAAUCAAACUGCUAGCUAGCUUGCCUGAGCUUGCCGUGCUGCUUACACAACCUGUGACUCGUUAACCACAUGGAUUCUCCUCGGCAAUCUAAGGGGGCCCACCAAAAACGUGACGCGAAGGGCGGUCAAAGCGAGUCCAAACCCCCCCGACGUAAAGACGCCUACGCCCGACUCCUGAGCCAGCACCGCAGCGGCACCUUCACCAAGUUCCUGGAGCAAUACGCCAAGGAGCCCUCCCUCCCGAAGGACGACAAAGGGCAAGUGGUGCUGCUGAGCUACAAGCAGCUCAACACGCAGGGGGAACGGUCGAACGUGCACCAGCAAAAAGGGGACCUUGCGCCUCGCCUGGCACCGGACGCCAGUGACUUCCCCCCGUCUUCCACAAAAGACAAAGGAGACGAGAGCUCCCUGUCUUUGUACAUGACCAAAUUAAGCACGCACAACGCUCAGCACGACGGCGAGAGGAAGCCCGGUGUGUGUGAGAAGCAGCGAAAGGGACAGCGGAGGGACACCGCCACCAGCCAAGACGGAGACAUCGAGUCCGGCGAGGAGCUCAGCGCUUUAGCCCCCAACGACACCAAGAAGCACCAGCGUCAGCGCAAGAAAACCAAAGACCCCAACAAGGACGCCGGCCUAUCGGUGGAGUCCGGCCAAAACAAAGCCUGCUCCAACAAGCCCGAGGCGAAGAACACCAACCUGCCCACGCAGCCCGAAGAUGCCGUGUCAAAAUGCGGAGGCGACCGUCACAAGUCCAGACCCCAGUCCCCUCACGAUAAGAACAAAACGGCAAAGCCCGCAGCUUCCAACGUCAACUCUGCUGCAGAGAAGAAUAAGAUCCGCCGGGGAUGCAGGGGGUCAAGGAAACAAGUGUUUGAAAAUUAUUUGACCUGUGAGGACGUUUCCCAUGGCCUUAAAAGAGGAGAACUUAUUCAGGGACCACUGCGAAUCAACCCCAAGAAGUACCACGAAGCUUUCAUCCCUUCUCCUGAUGACACGAGGGAUAUAUUUCUGGAUGGGAUUAUAGCUCGUAACAGGGCAUUAAAUGGAGACAUAGUUGUGGUGCAAGUCUUACCACGGGAGCAAUGGAAGGUUGUGAGGUCAGACACUGACUGCGAAGGAGCCAGUGAGCCCGAGACCCAGAGGGGAAGCGCGGCGCAAACUGCCCAGAGUAAGAUGGCACAAAAGCCGGGCGUGUCUGUUGAUGAACAGCGUAGUGACCAGGAUGAACUCGCACGCAAAGACUCACUGAAAAAUACUUUAUCACCACAAUCCAAUGGGGAAACGCUCCAAAUGACCGCUAAAGUGGUGUACAUUGUGGAAAAAAAGCACUCGAGGGCUGUGACCGGUUCCCUGAAAUUUCUACCGGACAAACCUUUCGCUAUGUUCUCCCCUGUGGACCACCGUGUGCCAAGGAUUAAUGUCCCCCUCACGGACUGUCCAGAGAACUUUAGCACCCGCCCGGGUGAUUACGCCAACACCCUGUUCAUCUGCCGUAUCACCGACUGGCCGUCUGACAACAACUUUGCAGAAGGCCGGCUGGCAAAGACUUUGGGUCAAGCUGGAGAAAUCGAGCCGGAAACGGAAGGUAUUCUGGUGGAGUACGACGUGGAUUUUUCGGAGUUCUCAGACGAAGUGUUGGCCUGCUUGCCCAAGAACUUGCCCUGGACCAUCCCACCCGAGGAGAUGACCAAGAGAAGAGACUUAAGGAAAGAGUGCAUCUUUACAAUUGAUCCUGCGACUGCCAGAGACCUCGAUGACGCCUUGUCCUGUAAACAACUUCCAGAUGGCAACUAUGAGGUGGGAGUCCACAUCGCCGAUGUCAGUUAUUUCGUGGAAGAGGGCAGCGCUUUGGAUGCCACUGCUAGCCAGCGAGCCACCAGUGUGUACCUUGUUCAAAAAGUGGUCCCCAUGUUACCGAGGCUGCUUUGUGAAGAGCUGUGCAGUUUGAACCCUCUCAAAGACAGGCUUACCUUCUCUGUCAUUUGGAAAAUCACUCCGGAAGGGAAGAUCCUGAGCGAGUGGUUCGGCCGCUCGGUGAUCCGCUCCUGUGUCAAGUUGAGCUACGACCACGCCCAGAGCAUGAUCGAGGCCCCCGAGAAGAUGUUUACCCCUGACGAGCUGCCACCCGUGGACCCCCAGCACCCCAUAGACGGGAUCCAUCAAGCUGUGCUAAACCUACACUCAAUUGCCAAAAACCUCCGAGCUCAGCGUUUCUCUGGAGGAGCGCUCCGACUGGACCAGCUGAAACUGUCUUUCACUUUGGACAAAGAGACCAUGAUGCCUCAAGGCUGCUACGUUUACCAGUACAGAGACAGUAACAAGUUGGUGGAGGAGUUCAUGCUCCUGGCUAACAUUGCCACCGCCAACCACAUUUACCACGGCACACCCAAGCUGGCAUUGCUCCGACGCCACCCUCCACCCAAGGCUAAGAUGGUGGAUGAGCUGCAGGAGCUGUGUGAGCAGCUGGGCGUGGACAUCGACCUCUCAUCUGCCGGCGGACUGCAUAAGAGUCUCAUUGCCACACUUGGUGUUGAUGAAUAUUCCACUGCCAGGAAAGAAGUCCUCACCCACAUGUGCUCCAGACCUAUGCAGAUGGCGCUGUACUUCUGCACAGGUGCUCUCCCCGAUGAGAAGCUGUAUCAGCAUUACGCCCUGAACGUUCCUCUUUACACUCACUUCACAUCCCCCAUCAGACGCUACGCCGACCUCAUCGUGCACCGGCUGCUGGCCUGGUCACUGAAGUGCGGUCCUAGGUUAGGGCCGUCAACGGAGGAAGUCCAAAAACAAGCGACGCACUGCAAUGAGAAGAAGACGGUAUCCAAAAGAGUACAAGAGCUCAGCUCCGAGCUCUUCUUUGGGGUCUUUGUGAAGGACUGUGGCCCUCUGGACUCUGAAGCCAUGGUGAUGGGUGUGUUGGACCAGUCCUUCGACGUCCUGGUUCUUCGCUACGGGGUGCAGAAACGCGUCUACUGCAAGUCUGUUGCAGGCCUGGCCUCUUUCCACCAUCGCAAGGUAGGAAAGAAAUCCGAGCUGACUCUCCUGUGGACGCCAGAGGACCACCAGCAACCCCAAGUAGAGCAGGUCAUUUCCAUCUUCACGCUGGUGGAGGUGCAGCUCAAAGCGGACGGCGCGCCCACCAAGUACAGCGCCGUGCUGAAGAAGCCCAACACAAACGCGUGUUAAGUACGUCCACGUGCUCUGAAACUGCUUGACAAGUAAGCAGUAUUCUUUUUUUCCCCGUUUUGCACACGGACACCAUUAGCUGCAUUUUGAAACUGGAUCCCAAAACGAAGCACGUAAAGCUUAGUGAACCCCAUUAACUUAAGAAUGGUGGUGUAAUAUUUAGUAAGUUAAACAUGUGUUACUCUGCUAUGGAUUUUAACUUAAUGUGGAAAACGGAAACAGUAUUGUAAGUUAAUUCUAAAUAUAUAGGAUUGUAUUUUUUUUUUUUUUUUUAUCGUACGCGGGAGUGGUAUUUAAAAAAUGGGAGUAAGAAGUACGGUGGUAUUAUUGUUUUAUUCUACCUUAGACGUAGCAAGUUGUAUUUGCGAAAUGAUGAUGUAAUUGUAACAUUUUAUGCUGACAAACAUUGUUUUUAUUUCAACCUUGGAACGGUUGAAAAGCCAAGUCAUCUAUUCAUUUUUAUAUUUUUUUUUUAUUACCAAAUUUAGUUCUUAAUUCAUUUUUAUUCUGACUAACGCGCUCGGAAGCGUUCAGAUUUCAGAUUUUUCCCUGACAUUCUUUCCCCUUUUUGGUUUAAUCCGUACCUCACAUGCGUUCAUGCUGACUUGAACUCAACUGUGCCAUUUUAUUUUUGCUUUUCUGUCCCGAAAGGUUGCCUGUUUUUGGGGUUUUUUUUGCGUUUUUUGACGUGAACUUUAAGCGUAUUGCAUAACAUGAAGACAAGUUUGUUUUGGUUUGCAAAUCACCGGGCUAAGUUUGUGUUUUGUGGGGGUAGGAAAAUAAUAGAAUGUGUAGAAAAAAAGGUCAUCGCCAUCUGUAACCUCAAUUAUUCAACACGCUGCCCUCUCUUCGGAGCAGCCAUUGUGUCAAAAAUGUUGGGUGUGAUGUCAAAAGGUAGCAAGAAGUGACUAAUCUCCUUUUGUUACUAGGUAAAUAAACCCAUACAUACUUGAAAA